CAAUAGUAAUCAGUCAAGAGAAUGCGUCAAAAAAUCGAGAAAUAAAAAUUUCAUUCUAGGGAUAUGGGCUAAUUACGGCAAGAGCGCGGAACGAACUCGUCUGCAUUUAAAAGUCAAUCACCUACAAGUGGAUAAUCAGCUCGUGGACUGCGUAUUCCCACGGGUGCUAGCUGUCGUGCCACCUCCGAAAAGUAUUGUCGCUGACAAUGCUCCCAAACCGUUUAUCGAAGUUGCCCUGCUGCAAAGGCAGUCGGAGUUCUCAACAAUACCAGAAAUCGAAUAUGCUCGUAUGCUUGUGCAGGAGUUCGCAGUUCAAGUUGAUCAAGGUCUCAUCAAUGCAUUACUUGCUUUGAUAGCAUCAGAAGUCAAUAGGAAACCUUAUGAUAAAGAGCUGUUCGAUAAGGAUAUGGACAUAGCUCUUGUACGUUUGGAAGAUACUGCUAAGCAGUAUCGUUCAAAUCAACCGAGAUCCUUUUACAAUGAUCUGCAUAUCUCACCGCUCAUGAUCCAUCUUUCCUUUUCACAAGGAGGAACCACAAGAGGAGGAUCUACUGCAGCUAUGCCCAUCCAAUCUGAAUUUUUCAAAGUCUUGUUCCAGAGCGUUGGAGUUUCAGUCACAGAGCUGCAGGAUGUUGUGUUCAAACUUGCCUACUUCGAAAGAAAAUGUGUGUUUUAUCGAGCAGACCAACUGAAUAGCGAAAUCAUAUCACAUUAUACAAUGCAGGCCUUGCGUCAAAUGUAUGUGCUCGUGUUGGGUUUGGAUAUCAUUGGAAAUCCAUUCGGUCUCGUUCGAGAUCUUUCUGCUGGUGUCGAAGAUCUUUUUUAUCAACCGUUCCAGGGGCUUGUACAAGGACCA